AUUUCACAUAGGAAGAUAGCUCAAAUUUUAUCAAACCGAAACUGUUGAUACACUUGAAGUUUGAAGUACUAAAUUCAGUAUAAGCGUUACUCUCUAGUAUACUAUGGUUCCCCCUGCGUUCUCGGAUCUUGGUAAAGAUGCACGGGACCUACUCUUUAAAAAGUUUUAUUUUGGACUGUAUAAUAUUCACUGCACGACAAAGAAAAAUGAAAUUGAAUUUAAAGCCAAUAUCAGUGAUCGGCCUAAACCAAAUAGGAUGCAUUUUGACCUGCAAGAAAAGUUUUCCUUUCCACAAUAUGGUCUCACCAUUACGAAAAAGUGGUCUUCCAACAAUCUAGUUGAUGGAGAAAUAGUAUUUGAGGACAAAUUAGUUGACGGGUUGAAACAAACUUUUCAAAUUUCUCGCGAUCCUUUUCAAAAUUGUUUUCAUGCCAACUUGGUCAAUUCUUUUCGGAACAAGCAUGUGAAUUCUAACGUCGAAAUGUUCUUCAAGUCUGCUAUCCCUGAUUUGUCGCCAUCCUUUGUUAUUAAUUACCAAGGCUAUUUGGCUGGUGCAGAUGUUAAAUUGGAUUGCACAAAUCAAAUUUUACAGAAAGCUAAUUUUGCUGUCGGUUACACAGUACAAGAUUUUAGUUUUCAUGGUUUAAUUACACAUUGGGGUAAACAAUUUUCAGCCAGCAUCUUUCAGCGCAUAACUGAUCGUCUACAUAUAGCAGGUUCAAUUACAUGGAAACGUGUUCCAGAUGAAACUGUCUGGGCUGUCGGAUCACAAUAUAUAUUAGAUAAUCAAAAAAAGCAUUCUGUGAAAUUGAGACUAGAUCAUUUAAAUCAGAUCAGUUUGGCUUUUACGACAUAUUUAUCAAAAGGUCUUCAAUUAACAUUAAGUGGAGUUUUUAAUGGUCCAGAUCUAACAAAAAUGGGCAUUGGUUUAGAAUUAAAUGCCUAAAACACAUAUGAACAUAAUAAUUUUCUGUGAAUUAAAACAAUCAUAUUAACUAUGUAUCAUUUAUAGAUGAAAAGCAACUGAAUGAAUUAGUGAACUUCAUCUUUACCCGGUCACCUUUUUCACAUCAUUCUUUCAUCAUCAUUCAUCAAUAUAAAAGUAUUAGUUGUUUAGAUUGUUCAUGUUGAAAACCGAUGUAUAAAUAUGCCUAGUCCUACGUUGUAGCUGACUGACUGACUGAUUCUCUUGUUUCGUCCUUUUCUUCUUUUUUUAAGUUUAUGGUUAUAUUGCCUUAUUAUUCAAUUGUUUUGUUUGAUUUCCCUCAACUAUUUAGUCCAUAUACUGUCACUAUGUUGUCUCCGAGUGUACAUGACCUUUAUAAGUGUGUUUUGCCUUUGCUUUUUUGUAGAUUUUUUAAUUUAUGAAAUUAUAUAUAUCAAUUUGGAUAUCUUAAAAAAAGAGUCUGUAUUUCAUCAUAAAUAUACAUAAUUACAUG